AUGGAUGUAAAGAGAUUACAAAAAACGAAAAAACAAUAUGAAGAGCUAUUGACAUUUGUUCAAAGAAACAAAGUUAUAGCAGGAACUUUUAAGGGUAAUCCAAGUGACUACACAAAAAUUUAUAAAUUAUGGGAGGAAUUUGCCAAACAUAUCAAUUCUCUGGGAUAUGGACCCACAAAAACGGCAAAACAGUGGCGUCAUGUCUUUACGGAAUGGAAACAAAAUAUUAGAAGAAAAUCAAGAGAUAUAAAAAAAGAACAGAUAGGAACUGGUGGUGGUCCUUCUAAAACAAAAAGCCUAACAGAUCUGGAAGAAAGAUUAUUGUCAUUAAUUGGAUUAGUACACUUAGGCCAUAAUGAAGUAUUAGAUUCUAUGGGCAAAAGUGAAGUUCCCCUAAUUGAAAAUGAGCAAGAAGUAUCUACAUAUAACGUAGAAACGUCCCUUGUAGAUGAACUGGAACUGGAAAAUGUAUCUACUCUUUUAUUAGAACAUAAUUAUCAAAUCCAGGACACUAUAAUUCCACAACAAAACGAAGAGAAUGAUGAUCAAGAAAUGAACACCGAACCAUCAAAUAAAGAAACUGCAGAUAAGCAAAAAUUGAAGCGAAAUUCCAAAAAACAAAACAGGCAAAUUCUUCAUGAAGCUACAAAAAUGCCCAAAAAAUAUCACUAG